UUCGUAAAAACGUAACCCCAAUCAUCGGCCAGCCAGGCAGGCAGUCAGCAAAGCAAGCAUUUAGUUUGUUAAAGUAUUUUGCUGGAGAAUAGCAGCACAGCACAGAGCUAAUAGGAGAAUCCAUUGCCCGCGCAUUGUUGGAUAUUGGCAUGGACUAGAGAAGUGUUACAGAUUAUCUUGUUAAAUUAUAAGACAACAAAAGGAUAAUUUAGAAAAAGGCAGCAGGUGAUAUUACGUUUUAACUUGAACACAAUUUGUUGAAGAAAGCUUUGCCGAAAACCUUGAACGAGGAAAGUUCAAGAACCUCUUUAUUUUGACACCAAAACAUCGACGAACUCAACAAAGCCAUCAAUGUGGAUUUGAUUCGUUUGUGUGGUAUUUGGCAUUGUAAAAUCUGCAUUGACCAAAAAAUUUGGAAUAGUGUUUGUGUGUUAGACCAGUCAUAGCAAAGUAAUACACUUCCCCCAAACAAAAGCAACAGCAAAAUGGCCAAAAACAAUAUUGACACAUUAGUCAGUGAAUGGGACGAACUCAGUCGUGAGUUUCAAGAUUUGGAGGAAUGCAAUCGAAAAUAUAUUGAACUAUUGGAACAGCUACAUUCCCAUCAACACAAAUGCUUCAAUGAAAUCAAACAUCAGCGUUAUCGCAUGAAUCAAAUCAGCACAUCGCUAAGACAAUUUAGAAAUACCCAAUCGGAGGAAGAAAAACAAAAGGUAGCAGAACUUCAGAAAAAUACUCUAAAACGUAAAGCACAACUACACGAAAUCGAACAGUCAUUACCCACAAAAUCAGGACGUUAUCUAAGGAUAAUACUCGGCGAUGUUAAUGUUUCGAUAUUGAACAGAAAUGACAAAGUCCGUUACAAAGAUGAAUAUGAAAAAUUCAAAUUGAUACUCAAUGUCAUUGGAUUGCUGUUGGCAUUUUUAAAUUUAAUAUUUAAUUACAGGGCUUUGGAAUUGUCAUAUAUUUUCCUCUUGGUCUGGUAUUAUUGCACACUCACAAUUCGCGAAUCGAUAUUGAAGGUAAAUGGCUCACGUAUCAAGGGUUGGUGGCGGGCCCAUCACUUUAUUUCGACAGUGGCAGCUGGCGUGCUAUUGGUUUGGCCCCAGGGAGAACAUUGGCAGCUAUUCCGCAAUCAAUUUAUGUACUUUAAUGCAUAUAUCAGUAUUGUCCAAUAUCUACAAUUCGGUUAUCAAAAGGGUCUAUUAUAUCGUCUGAAGGCAUUGGGUGAACGCCACAAUAUGGAUAUUACCAUUGAAGGUUUCCAUUCGUGGAUGUGGCGCGGCUUGAGCUUUUUAUUGCCCUUCCUCUUUAUUGGUUAUGCCUUCCAGGCCUACAAUGCCUGGACAUUGUAUAAAUUGUCCUUCAAUCCUCCAGAUGCACCAUGGCAUGUUUCGGUUAUGAGCGGCUUAUUCACCUUGCUGUUUAUUGGUAACAUUACCACAACGUUGUUGGUGGUACCCGAAAAGAUUCGCGAACGUGCCAAGGAACGUUAUCGUCUACUGAGCAUGGGCAAAUCAAUGAAGUUGAGAAAACAAAUGAAGAAUAGUAUGAGCGAAUCCGAUGUGUCAGCACAACCCAGUCCCGCAUCAUCACCGGUAGCUGAAAACUCCUCUAAAACUGUAAACUCUCAAGGAGACAAGAAAGACGACUAGUCAUACCACUGGAGGCUCUAAAGGAAACACCCUACUCAACAAAACACAACAACAAAAAACAAAAUAGAAAACCUUUCCAUGAACUUUAUUGGGCGAUCCACUUGAACGGAAUUAAUUUUCAAUGACCGAGGAAAUAUUGAAUAUGAAUUUCUAGUAUAGAAACUAACCUACCGAAACAAAACUAGCAACAACAAUUUCAGGGCAAAAACAAAACCAAAACCAAACUCAAAUUCAUAAACAUCUACCACACACAUCAAACCAAGAAAGCCGAGAGGAUAAUUAGCUUACAGGUUGAAUGGAUUAUUAUAUGGACAAAUGGAAGCUCUACAUAAAUGUUCCUUCUACCUAACGUGUUAAUUUAUUAUUAUUAUUUUUUCUACAUUACUAAGUUUUAAAUACAUAUAGAGAAAUUUGUUAUUUUUUGCUUUAUGUUGGCUCAGGAACAGCCCAUUCCAAACACACAAACAUGAAUUGUUUUUGAAUGCAUUUUUUUGUUGGGCAAUUCUAUAUGGAAUUUUCUUUCCGUUUUUCCUCUUCUUUCUUUCGCUUUGGAUUAGUUAGCAUGAUUUGUAUUAGAGUUUAAACUACCAUUUACAUGUAAUUUGUAUUGUUUGUAUUAUUUUUUUCAUUACAGCAACAACAACUGUUAGCAUUUAAUUAAAUUAAUUUUUUCAUUUGUUAAGGUUAUUUUUUUUAUGAUUAUAAAAAACAAGUUUUGAAACCAAAUGUCAUCCCCACACACUCCCCCCUUCUUACAAGUAACAAUGUAAACCCCUUAGAAUAAUAAAUGAGUAUUCUGUUUGUACGAUGCAUUUGUAUUUCCAUCUCUUUUGUCUUUUGGAUUCUUUAAAGAUCAAGAAAAAAAGCAAAA